AUUCUCCCGACAUUUAAUUUACAGAUAUAAAAGAGCAGUGCUUUGCUUUGCUUUUGGCAUCGCAGCUUGACACACUUCUCUCUAAUAAUGGAGGUCUGGUUCAUCUUCCUCGUCUCUCUCUGCGUCGGUGCAGUCGUUAAACUGCUGCUGAGUCUCUUCUCACACGACACAGUCACAGACUGCCCUAAAAUCCUCCCACCAGGUCCCCCUAGCGUCCCCAUAAUUAGCAGCUUCUAUUGGCUCUGCAAAUCCUUGUUAGAUUUGGAGCCCAUCCUCCGAGACCUACGCACCAAAUACGGCCCCAUUGUCAAGCUUCCAACAGGCUCCACUCCUACAAUCUUCAUCACCAACCAUGAACUCGCCCACAAAGCUAUCGUCCAGCAUGGCGCCACAUUCGCUGAUCGCCCACCAGCUCUGCCGCAUGCGAGCAUCUUUUCUAGCAACCAACACAACAUCGGCUCUGCCAAAUACGGCCCUCUCUGGCGUCUCCUCCGUCGUAACAUCAUCACUGAGAUCCUCCACCCUUCACGGGUCAAGUCUUACGGCAGUGGCCGCAAGUGGGUCUUGGAUACAUUAAUCAACAAGCUCAAACAACAAGCUGAAUCCGGUGAACCAGUCAGGCCGCGGGAUCACUUCAGGUACUCGAUGUUCGGCUUAUUAGCUUUCAUGUGCUUCGGGGAGAAACUCGAUGAGAAAGUCAUCAGAGACAUUGAAGAGGUUGAGCAGAAGAUCCUAAUAAACUUCAACAACAAUAACAUACUAGCUUUCAUGCCUAGACUGGGAAAGUUUUUGUUUCGAAAGCGGUGGAACGAGGUCUAUGAACUGCAGCGAAGUCGCGAAAGUGUUCUUCUUCCUCUCGUUAGAGCAAGACAAGAAAAGCAAAUGAGAAGGGACAAUGAAGAGAAGGACAAGAUGAUCGUCAGCUAUGUCGACACGUUACUCGAUCUCCGACAUCCAGACGGAGGAAGGAGGCUCACAGAGGUGGAGAUGGUGAACAUGUGCGGGGAGUUUCUGGGCGGAGGCAGUGACACGACGUCCACCACAUUGCAGUGGAUCAUGGCGAACCUGGUGAAGCACCCAGAGAUCCAAUCAAAGCUUUGCUCGGAGAUCGAAGGGGUGGUGGGUUCCGGCGAAGAGAUCAAAGAGGAAGAUCUGCAGAAGAUGCCAUACUUGAAGGCUGUGGUGUUGGAGGGUCUGAGGAGACACCCACCUGCACAUUUUCUGCUGCCACAUGCUGUGACGGAGGAGAUUAAGAUAGAUGGAUAUGUUGUACCGAAGAACUCUAUAAUAUAUUUCAUGGUAGCAGAGAUGGGGUGGGAUCCAAAGGUUUGGGAGGAUCCAAUGGAGUUUAAACCAGAGAGAUUCUUGGGUGGUGGUGAUGAUGGAGGGGAGCAGGUAUUUGAUAUAACGGGAUCCAGGGAGAUUAAGAUGAUGCCGUUUGGUGCAGGGAGAAGGAUUUGCGCUGGGUUUGGUUUAGCGUUACUUCAUUUAGAGUGCUUUGUGGCCAAUUUAGUUAGAGAAUUUGAAUGGACGGCUGUGGAUGGUGAAGAGGUUGACCUAUCUGAGAAAUUGGAAUUCACGGUUGUGAUGAAGAAUCCAUUGAGGGCCCACAUCUCGCCGAGAAUGCGAUAAAAGAUAUAUACUACGCUAGCACUACUUAAUUAAGCCCAUAUAAUAAGCAGAACUUGAAUGCUCUGCCAUAAAUAUCAUGAGAUCAUCAUCUCAAGGUACCUUAUUUUAUUUUUUUGUUUCCUAAUAUGAUAUGAUGAUCUCAUUAGAUCGAGAUCAUCUUCUCAUUCUCUAGCGAUAGGGAUUCAUGGUUUUGAUUUGUCAGGCUGUUGGGGUUCUAGUCCCCAUUUUGGUUGAUGAAUUCUUUAUUGACUAAUGUUGAAAUUCAUUUGAGUUCUAGUAUCACUUGUGUAGUUCGUUCCUUGUGUA